CUUCAAAUAAGGGCCUCCUCAGCGGAGGAGGAGGACUUGCAGGCAGCAGAGACAACGCAGGUCUCUUAGGUGCCUAACUGCAGGACUGUCGUCCCAGCUUAUUUAGGUCAAUUUCUGUCCACACCUGAUUCCUAUCUCAACACACACUUGUCAUCAGACUAUACUAAUGACCAAGACCGUGGUGAAUCUUUCACUAGCCAGAACUGUGCAACUUACUACUGUGACUACUUCGUUGUAGUCCUUCUCUUUCAGACUUACUCGUGUAUCUAUGGUUUUCACCGACCCUAGAUAAUCAUAUUAGCCGAGUGAUGGUAGAAGUUCAAUUUGCAAAUGGCUCUGAACAAUGAGGUACCCCUUAUUCCAGCCGUUCAGCGUGCACUGGCAAUUCCCGAGAUCCUGAACCACAUUUUCGAGUGCCUCUAUCACUACCGCCCAGCCACGUGUAGUUGGGGUGGCCGUUCAAUCCUUUCUUGCGCCCUUGUCAACAAAUUAUGGUUCUCGGAGGCAAUCCGAUGGCUCUGGCAAGACCCCAGACCCCCUCUUCACCGAGAAGGUAGUCAUGACGAUUUUGUGGUCGUGCUUGGCAAAAUCCCAGAAGCACGCCGAAAUCUAUAUGCAAGAUACAUCAAGCGUGCUACACUAUUAUACUAUAAACGCAAACCCGACGGCCCAGACGGUGUCCAGUUCCCAAGUUUACGUUGCGUACAUAUCUGGGGGCCAAUCGACCUUUCUGAUCUCGAGGAGAUCAAGUUCCGGAAUAAUUGCGUUCGGUCCAUCUGGUAUUUUAUACGUUGUCCUUCAGACACUGAAAUCGAGGAGCACGCCACAGCUUCUUUUGAGAAGCUUCUUACUCCUCUCCUGUCGCAUUUCAAUCAUCUGAGAGAGUGGGUCAUUUUUUCAGGUAGAAGCAUGGACACAACGCAAUAUUUCAAAUUCACACCAGGCACCGAAGGACAGGGCUGGCACCGGUCAGAACAUGGCCGUGUAAGAGUUCCGCCUAACCAGGGCGUGUAGGUUACAUAAGUAAGGUUCUACUGGGAGUAAAAUGAGCAGAGAAACCAUGUAUGCAGCCGGGGCUGUGCCUGAACACAGUGGAUCUCGACAGCUUUUGUUGUUUAGCUCAGCAUCUAAUGACGUAGAAUUGAAAUAAGUGUGUGC